UUUUUGAAGUGACCUGUCAUCGAUAGUCGAUACUCAUUUUAUAUCUGGUAGCUCUGCACUUUAGUCACAAUCAUAGCAUUCUGGAUAAUUCCCUCAAAAAUAAACAUCAUUUAAUUACCACUGAAUCAAGAUGUCCGUGCGCCACGACUGGUACCAAUCGGAGACAAAGGUGGUUAUCACCGUGCUCCUGAAGAACGCCGCCGAUAAGAAUUUCGCUGUGGAGAUUACCCAGAACCGAGUCCACAUGACGGCGGAUGGCUAUGAGUUGGACCUGAAGCUGCUUCAUCCCAUUGUGGUGGAGCGCUCCUCCUACAAGGCCUUUCCCUCCAAAGUGGAAAUCACCCUGGCCAAGGAGACGGGAAUUCGCUGGGAGAAUCUAGAGGAAAAGGCCAUCGUGGCUGCCCCCGUGAUGCCCAAGGCUAAGAACUGGGAUCAGCUGGUCAGCGAGGAGGAGAAGAUCGACGAGAAGGAGGCUAAGGGCGAGACGGCCCUCAACAACCUGUUCAAGAAGAUCUAUAGCACAUCCUCGCCCGAGGUCCAAAAGGCCAUGAACAAGUCCUUCUCGGAAUCCGGAGGCACCGUGCUCAGCACCAACUGGAGUGAGGUGGGUAAGGAGAAAGUCAGCGUCAAGCCCCCAGAUGGAACCGAGUUCCGCGAGUGGGAGAAGUAGGUCAAAUAUCCGUAGUCCUUGUAUUUAUAGUCAGCGAGAGAGAUUAACAGAGAAUAAUAACUAUAAUAUAUAUAUUUUGAGCAUUGUUAACUUGAAUUACCAAGUAAAGUGGAUUAUCAUAAGAAAAACUGUGGCAAUAAACGCAUUAACAUCAUUAACAGGUGUAUAUUUUUAAAAACC